CACCCAGGAUCCGCCUCUGCCUCCCCCGCUUAUGUUCCCGGGUCUGUCUAAGGAAUGUAAACUAUUCAACAUGGAGACAGCCGUCAAUAAGCUGGAGGCUCUGUUUCAAAAAGCGGAGUCAGAUUUGGAUUACAUUGAGCAAAAGCUGGAGUUUGAGAUAAGAGAGAACCUUCCUAAAGAUUCUUCAAUUCAGGAAAAUCCAGCCAAGUUGUUGGAGCAGUUGGCAAGUGUCAAAUUAAGAUUCAAAACUCUAUCAUCACAAUUGGAUAAUAUUGCUGCUGACCAACAGAAGUCUGUAGAACAUAUUCAGAAAACCAUCACGAAUACGCUGAAAAUGGUGCAGCAUUUACAACAACAAACUGACUUUCAGGUAAAUCCCUUUUCUGAAGAAGAAAUACAAUCUGUUAAACAAUUUGAGAACUUGGCAUUAAAGGGUGUCAAUUUGAACUAAAAAGGUUUCAUGGAACACGGAAAAUAAAUGGAAGUAUUAAAAUGGCAGAACAACAAUGCUAAAGAUAUGGUUUACUUGUGUCUUUAUUGUAAUUUAUUUAUAAAUUGAUAUAUCUUAAUAAGAAGGACAAGAACACUACCCAUCAGUAGAAACGUGUUUUUCCUUUUUUUUUUUUUUUUUUUUUUUUUUUUAUUUGUAGUUGAAGAACAAGUUAUUUAAAGAAUCAUAUACAAAAUAUUAAAAUUGUGUUUGCAGAAAAACAUACAUGUAACUGAUAAAAUAAAAAGGUAUGCGCUGUCAGUGAGAAGACGUUUAGACGUUUAGAAGUUUUACUGUUGCAUAGCAUAUUCUGUAAUCUUAAAUAGGUUUUAUAUCUGCAUUUUCCCACUGCCCUAGAAACAAUUAUUCUAUAGUAUACCGUUUGCUCUCUGUAUAACUGAUUAUACUGUAAAAAGAAAAUAAACAUUUGGCUCUUCAAGAAUAAUGCUUUCAAACUAUGGAAAAAUAAAAGCACUGAUAUCGAUGUUGAAGCAAAUUUUAGGAAUUACUUGGCAUUUUGAAUUUUAUGUGGGGUUAAUAUGGACUUUUUAAAAAUAAAAAUAAAUAAGAAAGGAAAAAACAAAACUGUUUUGAUAAUGUAUGUAAAUAUAUUGAUAAUCUAAUAUUUUUUUUCUGUUAAAAUUUACAUUACAUUGUACAAAGAAGUUGCUUAAUUUUUUAAAAAGUAUUGUGUGUUUAUUAAAUAAAUUAAAGAAUAUGCAA